UUUGUACGGUUUAUGACGUAUCCAUCGGAGUGCGAGAGUGCUGUAACGAUCCGUCAACAGUGGAACCUCAUGGAACCUGACGAGAGAACAUAAUAAUGUUCAACACCUGUUCUUUAUAAGUAAUUGGAUUGGAAUUUCGUAGAUUUCAACGAAUUGGAAAUGGCACCAUUUAAAGACAAAUGGGUCAGACGUUUUGUCAUUAAUGAGACAACACGUCAUAAACGAGGUUUCACCAUUUACAAAGUAACAUCCAUGAUAUUCUUGAAGUCCUCUCCAAAUACAGCUUCAAAAGUGUCAGUUUGGAAACGUUACAACGAUUUCAAGAAGCUCCAUGCAGAUUUGAAGAUUAUUCAUAAAACACUUCAAAUAAAAGAGGCGUACCCUUCUUUUCCAAAACCAAAGUUUUUUGGUCGUUUUGAGGCUGAAGUAAUUGAAGAGAGACGCGAAUGCGCAGUAAAAUUUCUGGAAUUUAUAGCCAGACACUCGUCGCUCUUUACUAAUGAAAUUUUUGUGGCUUUCUUUGAGACAAGUUCAAGCGACGAUAAUUGUGGGGACUGUUCACAAUCUAUAAGUUCGGAUACGUCGGAGGAAGAUAAGAAUUCGGUUACAGACGGCCUGGAAUACCCAACAAGUGCAAGAAAUUGCUGCCUCGAAGCAACAGGAAAGUUGGAAAAUGGAAGUCACUCUCCAGAUACAGCUGGAGAUAAUUUGAUGGAUCAGUUGGUUAGCCCAAUAGCGAAUGGAAAUUUAUUGGAUUUGAGCAUCACAAAAAAGUCGGAUAAAGAAAUUCAAGGCUGCAUUAACAACAACAUAGAAAAAGCCAGUGACGAUAUGAACUGGCAGCAAUUCCUGAGUAUCGAAAAACUCCUGGAAACAGGCCAAAAUAACUGUUCACCGCCACGUGAUGAAAACUUCCAAGUGCCACAGCAGAGUGUAGAUUUUUCUGACACUGGACAAGAUUCUGGACAGUAUAUUUUAAUCGCAGCUGCUCAUAUGAGCGCUGGCUUCAGGCACGAAGCUAUCGCCGAAUAUGAGGAAGCUUUCAUGCAAUACAAACUUGGAAUAUCUAAUCUUCGUCAGGGCGUACUCAAGGACCCGGAUAUCGUUCGAACCGCAACGAUCCAGGAUAAAAUAAUCAAGUACUCUGAACGUGCUGAUCGACUCUACGAUCGACAUUUGAACUGCAAUAUCUCUAUGAUCAGCAAACCCGUCAGCGAAUUACGAUUUUACAAGGUUCUUCGUGUUAUGGGUUCGGUUAUGCUCGUUAAUGAUCUCCGACGACAAAACACCAGAGUUAUUAAGACUGUUGAAAAACCUGCGGGAGUUCAAGAAGACAUAAGCAAAUAUAUUUUACGAGGCAAAGUACCUUACAUGGUUCAGCUUCAUGCUUGCAUUCAAACGGAAACAACUGUUUUUCUCAUUCUUCAAUAUGCCAGUGGCGGUAAAUUGUGGGAUUUUUUGAAAUCUCAGCACGCAAUAUCUCGGGGAAAAGUAUCAUUGCGUAAGAAGAAUCAUGGUAGAUCGACGAGUUGCGAAGCAAUAAUUCACGUGAAUUCGGAACGACGAGCAAAUACAAGUUUGGAUACAUCACACAUAGAGUCGGAUGAUGAAGAAAAACAAACUUUGUCCCCACUGGAUUCGAAAGAACGAUUGAAACCGGUUAAGGGCUUCGAUUCAACCAAUGAGAAUACUGGGCGAGAGAUGAAAGGGGAAUUCGGUGGCAACUUGACGUGUAACGAAGAUAUGCCUACGACCAAAUUGUUAGAAAAAGCUCAACAGUUAUUGAAAUCCGUUGAUGCCACGAUUAAAAAAAGCAAUUCGAUUGCAACGCGUUUAAAUGAAUCGGAUCAAUUGUUGUACGAAAACGGAGCAACCGAUGGGACGAAAGAGACUGAAGAUUUUGAGAAUACUGAAGAAAGCUGUGAUUUGAGUGAACUAUCCAUGAGUGAUAGUUGCACAGAUUUAAGCACCGAAUCUGACAAAGGAAAUGACAUAGUGGAUCACGUCGCCAAACAAGAAGCACCAUCUGCAUCGCAAGUUGAAAAAAAAUCGGAAAUUUUUGCAAAAAACAACGAGUAUACCAACACGAACGGAUUCGUUGAUGCAAAAAAAGACUGCAUAGAAAGAUUUCAUUACGACGAGGAUAGCGGUAUUGAGAUGGAACAAGAACUCUGGCGAAUACCGGAAACAGUUAUCAAGUCUUUAGCAGCCCAAAUGCUCUUGACUCUCGAAGCUCUGCAUCAACAGGAAGUUGUAAUAUCCGAUCUCAGACCGGAUAAUAUUCUCGUCGAUGAAAAUAAUCGUAUUCUACUAAGUUACGUCGUACCACGACAAAAUCCUGAAUUGUCGAGGUAUCAAAAGCCCUACACUGCCCCAGAGUUAUGCAUGUACCUACCAGUCAUACCCGCAACACCUGCAGCCGACGUGUGGAGCUUUGGCGUUAUAUUGUACGAACUCUUCACUGGAAUUCCUUUUCAGUCUCGACAUCCGGGACCGUUCCACUCUCAUUCUAUAAUCAGUAUUCCCAACGAAUUAUCUGAAAACGCAAAAUCUUUAUUAACCAAAGUCUUGAGGUUCGAGCCCAGCGAGCGUUUGGGCAUUCCAGACAUAAAGCAGUUACCGUUUUUUGAGAAAACAGAUUGGCUCAGCUUGCUGAAUGCCUGAUUUUUUUUUCGGACACUGUUGCAACCCAGUGGAAUCUAAAAAGCAUUGAAAACGCGCAACGAAGUAUGAUCUACAUUUCCAAUGCCCGAGUGAUAAAAUUUAAACUAAAAGAAGAGGUUUAGCCUUUUUUCAAAUUUAUUUAUUUAGUCGUUUAUCUAUUUAUCAUGUAGAUCUAUGUACAUUGAUAGUUGUAUAGAUAGUAAACAUAAAAUAUAAAAAUUGCUGAUCAA